CUAUAAACUGUCAGAAAAUGGGAAAAAAGUGUCCAUUACUUUUUCCCAGAGUCUAAUGUGACACCUUCACAUUUCUUGUUUUGCAGGUUAAAACCCCAAAAAUUCAGUUGACAGUGAAAUAAAAGAGAAAAGCAUCAAAUCUUCACAUUAGAGGAACGAUCACGAGCUAAACUCUGAGUCUGUUUCCUCCGUUUGGAUCUUUGUUUCUUGAGGAAGAGGACGGCUGAUGAAGACGAUGAGAGUGAGAGAAUGAUAGAGGGAGUGACCGAAAACAGGAAGGAGGAGAGAGAAGCUCAUUAACAUAGAGAGGUAAUAACCAGGUGCGGUGAUGGCGGCGUGGCUGGGCCGGGUGUCCCUGGGCGACGCCUGGUACAACAUGUACUCCCGCCUUCUGCGAACCAAACCUGUGGGCGCCAUGGCUCACAGCGGCGACGACCUCACCGAGCUCGCAGAGGGGUCGCCGGUUGGUCUCGCCAAGGUCCUGACCACCGUGGACUUGGUGUCGCUCGGGGUGGGCAGCUGCGUCGGCACGGGGAUGUAUGUGGUCGCCGGGCUGGUUGCCAAGGCCAUGGCCGGGCCGGGGGUCAUCCUGUCUUUUAUCAUCGCGGCGGUGGCCUCCAUCUUGUCAGGUGUGUGCUACGCAGAGUUUGGCGUCCGCGUCCCCAAAACGACCGGCUCGGCCUACACCUACAGCUACGUGACCGUCGGAGAGUUUGUGGCGUUCUUCAUCGGCUGGAACUUGAUCCUGGAGUACCUGAUCGGCACGGCGGCGGGGGCGUCCGCUCUCAGCAGCAUGUUCGACUCUCUGGCCAAUCACAGCAUCAGUAACUACAUGAUAACACACCUGGGCACGCUCCGAGGGCUCGGUAAAGGUGAGGACACGUACCCGGACCUGCUGGCCCUCUUCAUCGCCCUGCUGGUGACGGCCAUCAUCGCUCUCGGCGUGCGUAACUCGGUGGGCUUAAACAACGUCCUCAACGUGGUCAACCUGGUGGUCUGGGUCUUCAUGAUCAUCGCCGGACUCUUCUUCCUCUCCGCCAGCAACUGGGAGGGCGGCAAAUUCCUGCCCUACGGCUGGUCUGGGGUGAUGCAGGGUGCAGCAACCUGCUUCUACGCCUUCAUUGGCUUCGACAUCAUAGCAACGACCGGAGAGGAGGCGAAAAACCCAAACACCUCCAUCCCGUACGCCAUCACCGCCUCGCUGGUCACCUGCCUCACCGCCUACGUGUCGGUGAGCGUGAUCCUGACUCUCAUGGUUCCCUACGAGCUGAUCGACGGCCAGGCGCCGCUCAUGGAGAUGUUUGCGGUGCACGGCUUCCUGUGGGGGAAGUACACCGUGGCCGUGGGCUCCAUAGCCGGACUCACCGUCUCUCUGCUGGGCUCUUUGUUCCCCUUGCCCCGGGUCAUCUACGCCAUGGCGCGGGACGGGCUGCUGUUCAGGUUCCUGACGCAGGUGUCUGCGCUCACACACACUCCCACGGUGGCGUGCGUGGUGUCCGGGAGCUUCGCCGCCGUCCUCGCUCUGCUGGUGAGCCUCAGGGACCUGAUCGAGAUGAUGUCCAUCGGCACCCUGCUGGCCUACACUCUGGUCAGUGUGUGCGUGCUCCUGCUGCGCUACCAGCCUGACGAACAGACCGACACACACCAGUUUGACUCUGGGGAGGACGUUGGCGGCCUGAAGCUCCAGGACGACGGAGCUGCACCCACGAAGGAUGAGCAGAUGCUAAUCGAAGGCGAUGACGGAUCUUCGUCUUACCACGCCGGCGGGACUGAAGGAGAAGGAGAUGAGUCUAAUUUCCACACAGGCCACGCCCCAUUGUUGAAAAGGCUUCUGGGAGGUCACUACUACACCUUGCGGCUGCGGCUGGGAAUGCCCGAUGCGUCGGCCCGGCCCACCCCUGCCACAGGCCGCAUAGUGACCCGAUGCACCCUCCUCCUCUUCAUCAUGUCCUUCCUCAUGUGGUCCACCGUCAUAUUUGGCGUUGAGCAGGGGACGGGGGCCGCGGCGGUGUUUUCAGGGCUGAUGGCCACAGCGAUGGCGGGUUCCAUGGCAAAGCUUUUAAUCACGAUUAUACAACAGCCAGAGAGCACGCGGCGCCUGCCCUACAUGGCGCCCUGCGUGCCUUUUGUCCCUGCAGCCGCCAUUUUGGUCAAUAGCUACCUCAUGCUCAAACUGUCUCCGCUCACCUGGGCCAGGUUCACUAUCUGGUGCCUCAUAGGUCUGCUGAUCUACGCUUGUUACGGAGUGUGGCACAGCACGCUGGAGCUGAACGCCCGCGAGCAGCAGGCGCACGCCAGCUCCUACCGAUGCUAUGACGACCACCUGGACGACACCUUCUCCCCCGACGACGACCUUUACCCCCAGGAGCAAGACGAGAGACCCUACCAGGGCUGGUCUGCCCCGGAGGAGAGGGGAUACCAGCACCAGCAGCAGCAUAACCAGCACCAAGAGGAGAACCAGGAGGAAGUCCGAGAGGGGGAGCAGUAUGAGGAUGGUGGUGACCAGUAUGGAUACCAGUCUGGACCAGGAGGCCAGUAUACAAGCAGAGGUGGCAGGUCCAGAGGAAGGACCAAUCACGGCUUUGAUGCAGGCGAAGAUGAGGACUGAGAUUUUGAGUCACUUGACGGUCCAUAAAACUGAGCUAAGACUUAUUUAUUCUGCUCACGGGAGACGUUAAGUCACUAAUCUCUCAGUCAUUUGAAGAUUUUGUACAGAAACCUGUUUGGACAUCAGGGUCACAUGUUUCACUGAAUGAGGCCCACAGCAGCUGCAGGAGCUUUCGGUGUCUUCACCCACCUCCCGUCAUACUCCCUCAAUCCACCCACAACCUGACAGCAACAGCGAAGCGACACCAGCUCCUACGCUGCGUCCUGGUUCUUACCUUCAGCCCCGCCGUGGUGUUUCAAUACAAAACCUCCCUCUGUAAACUGACAAUUUAAUGCUUCCUCCAAAUUUCCAAACACCACACUUUGAAUUAAUGGCUACCCAUAAAUCCUUGAGACAGUUAAGACCAUGUUCAGACCUCACGAUCGUCACAAUGACAGAUAGAAUAACUUCUGAACGCCACACGAUAAUUCAGCCGUUCCUCUGGUUUUGGUUGUGUGCUUUGUUUACAGUCUCACCGGUGCGUUGAAUGUCUUUAUAGUGACUUUCUGAAAGUUACUUUUGCGUUGUUUUGUUUGGGUGGAUGGUAUUUAAAGUGAAAGAGCG